UUAAUUAUAUUUUAAUAAAUUAUUAAAUUCGAACCGUAAAUCUAAGUUAAAUAUUGACAAUCGCCGCUGUGGUAGUCGUUAAGUCUCUUCUAAUUUAUCCUUAAGGACAAUUUCUUCCUAUUCUAAUCCUUCAAAAAUAAAACAAAACAAACAAAAUCAACAAGAACUAAAUAACUGCAAACAACAACAAAAACUACAACAACAACAUCAAAAUGAUAAGACAACAUAUCAUCUUUGGAAUUAUAUUAUGGUGCCUUUGUUCACCAUGUCUCUUAUUGCGCAUUCCGGAAGAUCUAGAAGCGAAUGCCCGUGCUGCUUUGCGUUUGGAGCAAGAGCACACACUCACCAAUUGCGGUGAAACCGAUUUGAAUUCAAACUACGAUGUCUGCCCACCGAGUAAAUAUCGUUUGCCGACCGGCGAAUGUAACAAUGUGUCAUAUCGUAAAUGGGGCGCACGUGGUGACACCUUCUUGCGUCUAUUGGCCACCGACUAUGCUGAUGGCAUAAGUCAACCUCGCACCUCACAUGGCACACAUGCACUGCCCGCUGCCGCUGUUAUUAUUGAACAAUUGGAACAUCAUGUCGAUGGUAAUGUACGUCAUCCACAUGUCACUGCCAUGCUGCCAGCUUGGGGUCAACUUUUAGCCAGCGAUCUCUACGAAGUUAGCCAAAUGCCCAUUGACAACAAAUGUUGCAAAUCACCAGCGGAAUUUAAGGAUCCCAAUCAACUGAAACAGUGCUAUGUACGUUCUGGAGUUGAUUGCAAAGAAUAUAAACGUUCUGCCCCCGGUUUUAAUGCUGACACCUGUCAUAAACAUCAACGCGAACAAAUGAAUGUUGUUUCUGGAUAUAUAGAUGGUUCUGGCCUUUAUGGCUCAAGUACUAGAGACUUUCAACAACUACGUACUUUUAUUAGCGGUGGUGUUAAGGUCGAGUCAUGCAAAAAUUGUCAGGUACGCGGCGCAACUGGGGCACUACACCGUGCUUUGCUACAGGAACACAACAAAAUUGGUGAACAAUUGGCGCACAUUAAUCCGAACUGGUCUGAAGAAGAUGUCUUUUUGGAAUCAAGACGCAUUGUUACCGCACAAAUUCAACACAUUACAUAUAACGAGUUCCUACCACUAGUUCUGGGUCAGGAAACAACUGCCAAAGAAGGUUUAAGACUUACACCUGAAAAGCACUCCACAAACUACUCAAGCUCGAACCACGGUGGUGUAUACAAUGAGUUCGCCUUUAGUGCAAUGCCCGCUUUUCUGACAAUGUAUCCACCAGAGAUGAUCUCAAACUCCAUGUCUGCAUCCCAACUGCUUUCUGUUGCCGCUCUACAGAAAUCACUAAUACCAACUGCAACUACUGAAGACGGUUGGACUGAAUUGGCUCUAGCUAUACACCGCGGUCGCGACCACGGCAUACCUUCGUAUCGCAAUGCAUUAGAUCUAUGCGAACAAUUAUUCCCAAAUGAUGUAGCCAAUAUUACUUUCGAUACUCUUUCCAAAGUUUCCACAAUACCUGAGGAGUACAUUACAAGUCUUAGAGAUAUAUACCAAACUGCUGAUGAUAUUGAUUUGUUGGUUGGUGCUUUGCUUGAAGACCCAGCGGUUGGUUCACUUUUCGGUCCAACUAUAACUUGCCUACUGAAACUUCAAUUCGAGCAUCUUAAACGCAGUGAUCGCUUUUGGUAUGAAAACGAUAUACCACCUUCCUCAUUUACUCUGGAUCAAUUGAAGAGCAUACGUCAAACGAGCUUAUCUGGAUUACUUUGUGCCUCUAGCCAAGUUGAGCAGGCUCAAUCCAAGGCUUUCAUUAGAGAGGACAACUAUUUGAAUUCUCUACUUAAUUGCGACCAAAUACCAAAAUUCGAUUUGCGUCCAUGGUAUGCAAAUGCCGAAGAUGAAGAACCUAUUGAACAUGUCGAAGUGGAACCUGAAGUAAAAGAAGCUAUUAAGGAACUGAACCCCGAUCUCAUUGAAGCGGCAAUAGAACGUGCCAGAACUGAACUAGAAGAUCGUAAACGGUUUGAAUACGAGUCAUGGCGUGCAAAUGGUGGCAUCAGUGCAAAGUCUCCAGAUGGUGUUGCUGCUUCUUUCAGUAAAGCUAGUCGCAACGCGUUGUUGCUUGCAAACUCCUCCUUAAUGUUCGAAUUAACUUCAAAUGAGAUCUUAAACUCACUCACAUCAAUUUCUCGUCGUAAACGUCAAGCAUUUGACGGAAGCUUGAAUGCAUUCAAUCGUAACGAGUUAACUGAGACUUUACAAACAAUUGACAUAACUACCUUACUUGCUGGUACUAGCAAUGGAAAGACACCACAUAAUGAGUGUGAUGACCCACCAACCGCUUGUGAUACAACAACACCAUUCCGUACUUUCACUGGUUACUGCAACAACUUACGUAACCCCAACUGGGGCAAAUCGCUGUCCACAUUCUCACGUUUGCUGCCAUCCCAAUAUGAAGACGCUAUCUCUAAGCCAAGACUACUAGGUGUCACUGGUGCACCGUUGCCUAAUCCACGUUCUAUUUCCACACUCAUACAUCCAGAUAUUUCUAAUUUGCACACACGUUAUGCACUUAUGGUUAUGCAGUUCGCACAAUUUUUGGAUCACGAUUUAACAUUAACACCCAUACACAAAGGUUUCCACGAAUCUAUUCCCAGUUGCAGAUCAUGCGAUUCACGUCAAACAGUGCAUCCAGAGUGUAAUCCAUUCCCUGUUCCAGCUGGUGAUUAUUACUUCCCUGAAGUAAACGUAACAAGUGGCGAACGCUUAUGCUUCCCAUCCAUGAGAUCAUUGCCCGGUCAGCAAACACUUGGCCCACGUGAUCAGGUCAACCAAAAUACUCACUUCUUGGACGCUUCUAUGAUUUAUGGUCAAAAUAUUUGCGUAGCUAAUAAAUUACGUGGCUUCUCAGGACGCUUGAAUUCGACCAUCCAUCCGAUACGUGGCAAGGAAUUGUUACCACAAAGUGCUACACAUCCAGAGUGCAAAUCACGUGAUGGUCUUUGCUUCAUUGCUGGCGAUGAUCGUGGAUCUGAACAGCCAGGCUUGACUGCUAUACAUACCACAUUCUUACGAGAGCACAAUCGUAUCGUCGAGGGCUUACGUGGGGUGAACCCUCAUUGGAAUGGCGAACAAUUGUACCAUCAUACCCGUCGCAUUGUCACGGCACAAGUACAACACAUCACAUUCAAUGAGUUUUUGCCACGUAUUUUAAGUUGGAAUGCUGUGAAUUUAUAUGGUCUUAAGUUAUUGCCCCAAGGCUAUUACAAGGAUUACAAUCCAUCCUGCAGUCCGAUUGUGUUCAAUGAAUUCGCAGCUGCUGCCUUCCGUAUUGGACAUUCACUCUUACGUCCACAUAUACCACGCUUGAGUACACAACACCAACCUGUCGAUCCACCACUAUUGUUGCGUGAUGGUUUCUUCAAAAUGGACGUACUUCUGCAGCCUGGCAUUAUUGAUGAAAUCAUGCGAGGUUUAGUGGCCACACCUAUGGAAACACUGGAUCAGUUCAUUACCGGUGAAGUGACAAAUCACUUAUUUGAAGACAGAAAAACUCCAUUCUCUGGUAUCGAUUUAAUCGCUUUGAACGUACAAAGAGCUCGUGAUCACGGCAUACCAUCUUACAACAAUUACCGUGCUCUUUGUAAUUUGAAACGUGCUUCCACCUGGAGUGACUUAAGUCGCGAAAUACCCAAUGAGGUGAUCAACCGUUUCAAGAAAAUUUAUGCUUCAGUAGAUGACAUCGAUUUGUUCCCAGGUGCUAUGACUGAGAGACCAUUGCAAGGUGGCUUAGUAGGUCCUACAUUGGCCUGCAUUAUUGGUAUUCAGUUCAGACAGCUUCGCAAAUGUGAUCGUUUUUGGUAUGAGAAUCAAAAUCCCGAAGUUAAGUUUACUGAAGCACAACUGGCUGAAAUACGUAAAACCACACUGGCUAAGAUUAUCUGCGAAAAUUUAGAAGUUCCCGGUGACAUGCAACGUGCCGCACUCGACUUACCAAGCAACUUCCUCAAUCCACGCGUACCUUGCCAAUCGAUGCCACAAAUCGACUUGAGUGCUUGGCGUGAAAAUGUUCAAGGCUGUCAAAUUGGUAAUCGACAUGUACGAGUUGGAGAAUCAGCAUUCCCUUCACCCUGCACCAGCUGUGUGUGCUCCAAUGAGGGCGCUCAAUGUGCCUCUUUACGUAUCACUGAUUGCGGUCAACUUAUUCGUCAAUGGCCCAAAGACGCUAUCCUACGCGACGAAGUCUGCAACUCCCAAUGCGGUAUCUAUCUGAAUGGACAGAAUAACUUCAAUUCACAAUCGCGUUCCAAUCAAGCACAACCACCACGCCUUAAUUCACCACCAGCACGUGUACAACGUUCGCGACCACAGAAUAUAUUUAAAUUUCCCGAUUUGACUCCAUUUAUUGCAUCUUUAUAAGCACUGGAGUCAACGUCAUUACAAAGUAUCACUGCGAAGAGGCGCGUCUUAUUGGAAGAAACAAAUGCGAAUCACACACAAAAUAAAAAAAAAACAAGCAAAUACUAUUUUUCUUGUUAAAAAAAUGCAAAAAAAACAACAAAAAUCAAAAU